GGAGACAGGAAGAAGAGACGGAGGCAGACGCCCGGCGACGAUGACCCUAUCGUACAUUGGACCCUCUGCAACCCACCCAAUCAGCCUCACGGGCAAUACUCACAGGAGUAGGGCGUGGGCGACUUUUCUACUAAACAUGUCUCCUGUUCCGUGUGGGAAAACAAAGAGGCCACGGUCAGUUUUUCUACGCCUACGCCCUGUCGCUUGACCAUAAGCAUGGGGCUGCGUCGCUAUCUCCAUGGUCAUCCUGCCAUAGAAUCUUCUUUUUUAUUUGAAAGACGUGUCUUGUUUUGG